ACGCAGAAGGGUAAAAAUGGAAACCGGAAAAUUUCGUGGAGGUUGAAUUGAAUUGAAAUCGAAUAAAAUGACUCGUUUUCCGUUUCAGUCCUCCGAAAUACACGAAGGUGUAAAAAAAAGCGCGUGAAAUCGGAAAACGAGGAACGGAGCGGUUGAGGUAGGUCUCAACCACCGUCACCGUCAUCGUCGUCGCCGCCGUCACCAACAAGGUCUUCGUUGUCUGCUUCACUCUUUAACAGAUCGAGUUACGGAAUGAGUCAGCCCGAGCGAAUUCCGUCGUCUCGGACGGUUCGACUCGGAAGAGUUCAGCCGCAGUCGCCGGGUCACCGCACCAUAUACUGCAACGAUCGCGAGGCCAAUCUUCCUGUUCGAUUCAAGGGGAAUUCAAUAUCGACUACAAAGUACAACUUCUUCACUUUUUUGCCAAAAGGAUUGUUUGAACAGUUCAGGCGGGUUGCUAAUCUCUACUUCCUUACAAUCUCAAUUUUGUCUACCACGCCAAUCAGCCCGGUGUCUCCAAUAACUAAUGUGAUUCCUCUAUCUUUGGUGCUGCUCCUCUCACUUAUUAAGGAAGCUUUUGAGGACUGGAAGCGUUUUCAGAAUGAUAUGUCCAUAAACAAUAAUAUGAUAGAUGUUUUACAAGACCAAAAGUGGGUGUCUAUUCCAUGGAAAAAGUUGCAAGUUGGUGAUGUCAUCAAGGUUAAGCAGGAUGGAUUCUUUCCUGCAGAUCUGCUUUUUCUGGCUAGUACAAAUGCAGACGGUGUUUGCUACAUUGAGACUGCUAAUUUGGAUGGGGAAACCAAUUUGAAGAUCAGGAAAGCAUUGGAAAAAACAUGGGAUUACUUGACUCCGGAGAAGGCAUCUGAGUUCAAAGCUGAAGUUCAGUGUGAGCAGCCAAACAAUUCAUUGUAUACCUUCACUGGCAAUCUUAUACUUCAAAAUCAAACACUGCCUGUCAGCCCAAAUCAACUUUUAUUGCGAGGUUGCAGUCUCAGGAAUACAGAGUAUAUUGUUGGGGUGGUCAUUUUUACUGGACAUGAAACAAAGGUGAUGAUGAAUGCUAUGAAUGUUCCUUCCAAAAGAAGUACACUAGAGAGGAAGCUUGACAAGCUCAUUCUCACUCUUUUCGCAACUCUUUUUGUGAUGUGUUUUAUUGGAGCUGUUGGCAGUGCUGUCUUUGUAAACAAGAAGUAUUUCUACCUACAUCUUGAAUCAUCAGAGGAGGGCGGAGCACAGUUUGACCCAAGAAACAGAUUUUUGGUUUUCCUUCUGACUAUGUUUACCCUCAUCACGUUAUACUCAACUAUCAUCCCAAUUUCACUUUAUGUGUCCAUAGAGAUGAUUAAAUUUAUUCAAUCCACUCAAUUUAUCAACAAGGACCUGCACAUGUACCAUCUUGAAACCAAUACCCCGGCAUUGGCCCGAACUUCCAAUCUGAAUGAAGAACUUGGGCAGGUGGAAUACAUCUUCUCUGACAAAACUGGGACUCUAACAAGAAACUUAAUGGAGUUCUUCAAGUGUUCAAUUGGAGGAGAAGUCUAUGGAACUGGUGUGACUGAAAUUGAAAGGGGAAUUGCUGAGCGUAGUGGCAAAAAAAUUGAGGAAAAUAUCUCAUCCAAUGCAGUGCGAGAGAAGGGUUUUAAUUUUGAUGAUCCUAGGCUUAUGAGAGGAGCUUGGAGGAAUGAGCCUAAUCCUGAUAACUGCAAGGAAUUCUUUAGGUGCCUUGCUAUCUGCCAUACUGUGCUUCCUGAGGGUGAUGAGUCCCCCGAGAAGAUUAAAUAUCAAGCUGCUUCACCUGAUGAGGCUGCUCUGGUUAUUGCUGCAAAGAACUUCGGUUUCUUCUUUUAUAGGCGAACACCAACAAUGAUAUAUGUCCGCGAAUCACAUGUUGAGAAGAUGGGUAAAAUUCAAGAUGUUCCAUAUGAGAUUUUGAAUGUGCUUGAGUUUAAUAGUACAAGGAAGCGCCAGUCUGUUGUAUGUCGCUAUCCUGAUGGAAGGCUUGUAUUGUACUGUAAGGGUGCUGAUACUGUAAUCUAUGAGAGGUUAGCUGAUGGUAAUAAUGAUAUUAAGAAAGUGACUAGGGAGCAUUUAGAACAGUUUGGAUCAUCUGGGCUACGUACAUUAUGCCUGGCUUACAAAGAAUUGCAUCCUGAUGUUUAUGAAAGCUGGAAUGAGAAGUUUAUUCAGGCGAAAUCUUCUCUGCGUGAUCGUGAAAGGAAGUUAGAUGAGGUGGCAGAACUUAUAGAGCAUGAUCUCAUCUUGAUUGGUAGUACUGCCAUAGAAGACAAGCUCCAAGAAGGAGUACCAGCUUGCAUAGAGACUCUUAAAAGAGCUGGCAUUAAAAUAUGGGUACUUACAGGGGACAAGAUUGAAACAGCUAUUAAUAUUGGCUAUGCAUGCAAUUUAAUAAACAAUGAGAUGAAGCAAUUCAUUAUCAGCUCUGAAACUGAUGCAAUUAGAGAGGUUGAAGAAAGGGGGGACCAAAUAGAAAUUGCACGGUUUAUGAAAGAAGAAGUUAAAAAAGAACUGAAGAGCUGCCUUGAGGAGGCCCAAAGCUACUUUAGCUCUCUCUCUGGUCCUAAAUUAGCACUUGUUAUUGAUGGAAAAUGUCUAAUGUAUGCACUGGAUCCAAGUUUGAGAGUCAUGCUGCUGAAUUUGAGUUUGAAUUGUCAUGCUGUUGUGUGCUGCCGAGUAUCUCCUCUACAGAAAGCACAGGUCACUAGUUUGGUCAAGAAAGGUGCUCAGAAAAUAACACUUAGUAUUGGUGAUGGGGCCAAUGAUGUUAGCAUGAUUCAAGCUGCUCAUGUUGGUGUUGGCAUAAGUGGCUUGGAGGGGAUGCAAGCUGUGAUGGCCAGUGAUUUUGCUAUUGCCCAGUUUCGAUAUCUUGCCGACUUGCUUCUUGUUCAUGGCCGGUGGUCAUAUCUUCGAAUAUGCAAGGUGGUGACAUACUUCUUUUACAAGAAUCUCACAUUCACUCUAACCCAAUUUUGGUUUACAUUUCAAGCUGGGUUUUCUGGCCAGAGAUUCUAUGAUGAUUGGUUUCAGUCAUUAUAUAAUGUCAUAUUCACAGCACUGCCUGUGAUCAUUGUUGGACUAUUUGACAAGGAUGUCAGCGCUUCUCUGUCCAAGAAGUAUCCUGAACUAUACAUGGAGGGAAUAAGAAACGUGUUUUUUAAGUGGAGAGUUGUGGCUAUAUGGGCCUUUUUUUCUCUCUACCAGUCUCUAAUAUUCUAUUACUUUGUGAGUUCAUCGAGUUUAAGUGGUAAAAAUUCAGCAGGCAAAACAUUUGGACUCUGGGAUGUCAGUACAAUGGCCUUCACAUGUGUUGUAGUAACUGUCAACUUGCGACUUCUCAUGAUUUGUAAUUCAAUUACAAGAUGGCACUAUAUUAGUGUUGGUGGAAGUAUUUUAGCAUGGUUUAUUUUUAUUUUCUUAUAUUCUGGGAUCAGCACUCCUUAUGAUCGACAGGAGAAUAUGUAUUUUGUCAUAUAUGUCUUGAUGAGUACAUUAUAUUUCUACCUCACACUACUACUUGUUCCUGUUGCUGCACUUUUCUGUGACUUUAUUUACCAAGGGGUUCAGAGAUGGUUCUUCCCAUAUGAUUAUCAGAUUAUUCAAGAGAUGCAUAGACAUGAUGAUACUGAUACCAGCAGGGCACACCUGUUAGAAAUAGGGAACAACCUUACACCAGCUGAGGCCAGGAGCCAUGCCAUAUCUCAACUCCCACGUGAGAUAUCAAAGCACACUGGGUUUGCUUUCGACUCCCCUGGUUACGAGUCAUUUUUUGCCGCACAGCUUGGUGUAUUUGCUCCAACAAAGGCAUGGGAUGUUGCAAGACGUGCUAGCAUGAAAUCUCGGCCAAAGAUUGGACAUAAGUAAUCAGACAACAAAGAAACUUGGAGGAAGAUGUUUGUACAUUGACCGUAGUUUUGCUUUUUCAUUGAGAGGCAGCCUAGGAGAUUUGUAACAUCACCAUGUACCAUAUUAAAUAUUCAGCGGUUUCAUUUAGGUAUAUUUUGUGCUCUCUAUCUCCCUAGCUUGGGGGGAAGUAGAGCAGAUCUUUUAGGAUUGUUACAGAUGUAUAUUCCACUAUUUUAGUUACUCACGUCCAUAUUUUCUCCCCCUAGAAAAAGAAAAGUGUGAAUCAAUUUUCAUUUACGAAGUGUUCAAUAUUUUUCAUUGUGUUUUUGACA